AUGAGAGUCUUUCUAAGCUUUGCUGUUCCAUUCCUCGUUUUCGUGUUGGGCGAAUGCUCAAAGCAAGUCGUUUUUCAAAUAAAUAAGCAAAAAUACUUGGCGAAUCAUGUCUUCGAAACAAAACAAGCAGAGUUCGAGUUUGAAUGUGGUUUGCUUUGCGCUCGGCACGAAUCAUGUGCGUCAAUCAACUACAAAACCUCUGGUGAAGAUAAAGGUCGCUGUGAACUCAAUAACAAAACAGUUAAGGCAAGAACCGAUUAUGAUGAAGAAACAAACCACGAAUUCAACCAUCUUGUGAUAAUCAAACACGCAAAGAUUGAUGAGGAAAAGAGAAAACGUGAGAUUUUGAAUUCAGCUACCAGCUGCGCCUAUCUUUACAACGAAGGAAUAAGACAAGAUGGUGUUUACACUAUCAAUCCGGACGGCCAGGGAUCGUUUCAAGUCAGAUGUGAUAUGAGCACAGACGGAGGUGGCUGGACCAUGUUCCAAAGAAGAAAAGAUGGAAGUCAAGAUUUUUACCUUGGAUGGUCAGACUAUAAAGCAGGCUUUGGUAAUUUGAGCGGCGAGUUCUGGUUGGGCCUUGAUAAAAUACAUCGUUUGACGAAAUCUGGCCAAAACGUUCUAAGAGUUGAUUUGAUGGAUUUCAAUGGCACUAAACGUUACGCUAAAUAUGGAAAGUUUUGUGUGGCUGAUGAUUCAGACAAAUACAGAUUGAAUAUUAGCCAUUAUUCAGGAACCGCAAGUGAUUCCCUUCUUUGGCACAACGGAAUGAAGUUCAGUACCAACGAUAGCGACAAUGAUGUUCGACCAGAUAAGAAUUUUGCUUCGAUGUUCAAAGGUGCUUGGUGGUACAAUAACGGUCAUCAAUCCAACCUCAAUGGCCUGUACCUGGGUGCAGGUGAGACAUAUAACAGUGGGAUAAAAUGGAACAAGUGGCAUAAUCGUUCAAUGAAAAUGACGGAGAUGAAGAUUCGUCCAAGUCAGUUUUAAUGUAUUCCUGCACCACCAUUACGAACAAACAUUACUUUGUUUUGGAUGUUUUC